AUUCAUAAACCGUUUACGGAGUCUCAAGUGUAAGACAUUUAAAAAUUCAAAUUAGCAAGUCUCGUCUCGCCCGUGACUUCCGUUGCUACGGAUCCUUGUGUGAGCGAUCUGGCUAAUACCAGAGAUGGGAGGUAACCGAGAGGAAUGGUGAGAGACGGAUACUAUCUUUCGGUUCCAGAAUGCUGUAAUUGAGCUGUGACAUCAGUAGAACACACAAUGGUGGACUUUCAGUCACGGUACCGGCUGUACGGCCACGGGUAUACUUCCCCGGAACUCAAGUACCCGGUACCCACAUAUCGGGAACUGUACCACAACACGGCACCCACCAUCUUCUCCAGGAGACCCAGAAUGCAUGACUGCCGACGGGAGUCGAUGAAGGACUAUGUGGAUGCCCGUGAGUGGGAGACUUGGCUCCUGUCCCAGGGGCUGAGGGAGACCAUCCGGAGCGCCACCUGUCUCAAUCUCAAGGUCAAAGAAACAUACUCGGACGGAACCAAAAAACCUGAGAAACUGCUGUUUAACAUAGGCAUGCGCGGAAGUGGGGACGGGGAUUUUAAUUUCCCGCGCAGCGUCAUCACAACACGUGACGGGGAUGUAGUGGUGGCGGACACCAUGAACCACCGCGUGCAGAUCUUCAAUUCAUUCGGGGUGUUCCUGACCAAGUUUGGCAAAAAGGGAACCGGAAAGCUUCAGUUCAAUGAACCGUCUGAUGUAGCAGAAAUUCCGAACGGUGAUUUAGCGGUGGCAGAUAAACGAAACAAACGAGUUCAAAUCAUAACGCAAGGCGGACAGUUCCGGAGUGUGUUCGAAACAGUGGACGAACCUUACAGCAUCGCCAGUGACCUCAGUGGUAACGUGAUCGUAUCUACAACUCGAAGGACUAUAGAAGUGUAUAAGAAAGGAGGUAAACUAAUACAUCGGUUCGUCAUUCCGGGUGUAUCACGUGACACCUUCGGUUGCAAAAUCUGUGUGAACAACAGACAGGAAAUCAUUGUGUGUGACGCUGUUAACUCUACAAUCAAGUUCUUUACAUAUAAUGGCAGAUAUGUGUCGAAGUUCUCGCCCCGAUCUUCCGGCGAGGGACUGACGAUGAUUCCGUCGGGAAUAACUAUAAAUAGAAUGGGCGAGAUCCUGGUGGCUGAUUCGUUGAACCAUACGAUCAAUGUUUACAAUGAUAACGGGGAUUUCCUCAGACAAGCGAUUUGUCCCACAGAUCAAGCGGGGUGUAUUCAGGCAUGCGCAGUGGGACCGGAAGGACAUCUGAUUACUACGGAGUUCAGUUUAUCUGGUCCACAUACUUUGAAGAUUUUCCGGUAUCGCCCAUGUCACUGCCACAUCACGAGACCAGGGUCUAGCAAGCGACGCACCCCCACCCCACAGUCUUUUAGAUGAAACAGCGUACAUGUAUAUGUAUAUGGUAUAAAAGGGAAAACCUAUAUUUGAUAAUUAAUUUAAUGCACAAUAGUUUAUGGCAUUGCAAAAACAAACAGAUCAUGUUCUCAAAAUGACGUGUUACAUAUUGACAACGUAUCCUAUAUAAUUUGGUUGUUGCUUUUUAAAUCAUAAUUUGGAGGGGUAUAUAUAAUCAUAAUAAUUAAUUUUGCUUUGCAAUUCUAUUUGCUCUAUAUUAGAAAAAAAUCAUCAACUUAUUUUUUCUGAUUUAUCGAUUUUUUUUAAUAUUCCUAUAUUGAUUUUAUUUAUAUUUAUAAGUUUGUUUCCCCCUCAAUGUUGUUGUCAUUUACAUAUGUUUGAUUUUGUUGCGGAAAUUUGUAUGUUAUGCAAACAAUAAAUAUUGAAGCAGU